UUGUCAAUAUUAAAAAGUUAGCAAUUAGCGGUGCGACGUUUUGUGUUUCCGCAUAGCUCGCAAUCCAGAUCGCAUUGCUCGCUCCACAGGAUCUAUCCCGUUUAGGUCUCUGUCUCUGGAUCCAUUCUGGAUCUAGCUUUAGACACUGUAAAGCGGAGCGUGGGCAAUGAAACUUAUGAGAAAGUUGCGAAAACGUUUUUAGUCUUCGACAACAAAUUUUGCAGUAUUUGUUUAUAAGGUUUAAUAAGUUGUAUUGCGUUGCUCAUGGUUUCAGUAUCACGCCAGCGAAAUUCUUUUCGUUCGGUUAUCCUCUGAUAACGCGCUUUACUGAAUGGCAGAUGUGAGACAGAACGUUGUGUGUUUUGAUAGGGACUGAUCGCCAUGCGCAUAAUCUUUGUGAUAAGUUCGUUUUCAAUCGAUCAAAUUAAAUCCGAAAACGUCGCCAAAUAGCUUUGUUUGCGAACACAUCACGCGAUUGUCUUUGGGUUUUUCAGUUAACAAGGAGAAAUAUCAGCACUGAAAUGCUACGUUCGACACGAUAUUAGUCAAGACGAUAAAGAAGUCACCUGUCCGCCGCCUCUUGAAUCGUCUCUAACGAUGGUCUGCGUGAAAACGACUUUUGUACAGGACGCUAACAACGCUGAUCUCUUCCUCGCCCUGACUGGCAUGAAGAAAGGCUGCCGAAUCCACCCGAAUGUCAAUUCAAAAGUGGAAUGUGCAACGGGAGCGAUUGAUAGUACUCACUACGAACACUGCUACUGCAACACCGAUUUGUGCAAUUCAGCUGAUCACCGGACUGUGAUGCCCUGGCUAGGAUUGGGAAUAAUGGCUACAGUUUUCUUUCGAUGGGUGUAAAUUUUUCUCUAGUCCGGGACUAUAACAACCGCAAGUAAGGGAAAAAUGCCGAUGGUGUGCAUUCCAUAGUUUGCACUUUAAAAUGACAUGAUUAUUUUUAACAGUUUUUCAAAUGAUACCCCCAUGAUUAUCACAGCUUCGCAAGAAUGCUGAAGUAAUCCGUACCAAUACUGGAGACAGUUAAUAGGUGAAAAUCAUAAAAAAUACCACGUUUCUUGUAAAUGCAUUUAGCAUCAUUUCCACAAUUUUGCGCUGUACAAGAAGCUAUUGUUGCGUCCAAUGAAUUUCUUAAAAAAAGGUGGCAUUUUUUGGUGGCGUUUCUGAGGACGGGUUUUGCGAUUAUAGCAGUGAUUUUUGUUUAUUUUCGUUUGUUCGUGGGUAGCAAAGAUCUGGAAUUUUUAAUUAAGUAAAACCACAACCGGGCCCACCAACAAUUAUAACUGCCAGUUUGGCGUUAAAGUUCAAUAACUGCUUGUAUUCGGAAUAAAUUUAAAAAUCUUUAAGCAACUAGAAAAACUGAGACAACUGAAAAAACUGAGACAAACAAAGUUGAUUAAGUUUCGGCGAUGCAUUUUCCCCAACGAAAUGGCGGGUCACCUCCUACACUGGAAAACGCAAAACGAGAAAUCACGAUGUGGCCCAAAUUUUUUUUUAUUUUGCCAAUAAUUGAACAGACAGCCGGGGAAAGACAUCAUCACUUUGGCUCCCUGGCGCGAAAACAAGAAGGCAAAUCACGUGUACGCAAGGCAAGCAGAGGCAAAUCACGUGUACCCAUCUGCACUUCCAAGCAGUGCAUCAUAAUAUGUGAACCAUACAGCUGCAUCCAGGCUGAUCCAGCGAAGCUCUAAGAUUUUCCAGGUUGAACCAGCGAAACCGACUCCGCCUACGUUCUGAAAAAUCCGGUGCUGAUUUCACGCAAAGGAUGGCGGAAAGCGAUCAAAUACACGGCUUGACGGAUACAGCGACUGAAAAACCAGAAGAUCGACAGAAUACAGGAACCGGAUGUUUGUCGUCCACGUCAGCAUUGCUCUUUUCGUUAAGUACUUUCACUCCGCACUAAGGGCUGUGUAGCGCCAAGCCGCGUGAUCUUCCGAGAAGCCGGCAAAGAUAAAAAGUUUCCUGCACUCACACUCUCAGAGUUUGGUAACGUCAUCCCGUAAUGCACCGAGAAAAAAAACCGGGCAUAACGGCACAUACCAGAGUUCUUGGUACCGGCAAAUUAAACAACUGAAGUGCCGGACACCACUGUUGCAUUUGAUGUGGGUUUUCCUGAUCUGUUCCAGAUGAGCAUCUCUGCUCUCAAUCUGUAGGCUGCAUUGCUGUUGCACUUUUAGACAUAUCAGCUGCAUUAUGUAGCUGCCGCAACCUUUUUGUUGUGCGUACCUGUACCUGCGACAUAACCAUAGCGCUUCCGCUUUUUUAUAACAAGGACUAAUAAGCAAAAAACCACAACUGCUGCCACUUUUGCAUUGAUGUUUAGUAACUGCUUGCUUUCGGAAUAAUGGCCACUUAUCCCAAUCGCAGCUUUAACCAAACCAGUUUUACUGAAGACUCUGCUAAUCUUACCGAAGUCGUCGAUGAAUCGUACACAGACUAUUACUAUUUCAACAGCUGGAUUUUCAGUGAGAAUCUCGACGUCGUUCUCUGCUGUUUUUGUCUGACGCUGAAUCCGCCCAUCAUCGCCCUCUUCAUCCGGCUUCCCCAUCUGCGCAGUUGUCUCGCCGUGUACGUGACCUUUCUGGCCGGCUGUAACAUUCUGCAGGGCAUCAGCUAUCUCCUGGUGGUUUAUCUGUCGUUCUUCCUCCAGAAUAUCAGCGAUGACUGGGAUUACUGUGUAUUUUAUGUUUAUUUUCGCGAAGUGCUGCUGGCAAUGCCGCUGCAGAUGCACGCGCUGAUCGCCUUGUCGCGCUUAUGGGCCCUCAGUUUCCCGGCCGUAUACGAGCGUCUCCACACGCCGGCGCUGGCUUGGAUAUUGUCUCUGGCGACGGCCGCGGCCACCAAUCUCAUUUAUCUUCCCUUUAUUCUCUGGGAUCGCUUCUUCUCGCUCGAAGAAUCCUCUGCUUGCGGCCGGAAUAUCAUUAUCUUUGGCAAUGAGACAGUGACUGCUUUUUGGGCGGCACUGCAGAUCAUGGUGCACAAUGUGCCCAUGGUUUUCAUCCUUGUCAGCUACCCACCACUGUUCUGGCUGUAUCGGAGGGAACAGCGCCGCAAGGAGAAGCUCAUCGAGAAGCAGGCGGAGUUGCUGAACUGUUAUUCGGUCAAUUUGAGCCGGCGUGCAUUCAUAGAUGCGAUAUAUUUUCCGAAAGAGCAACAGGUACAGACUGUACAGCUGGUAGAGAAGAAACCGUUUUUCCGGAUUCGUCCGUUCAUGACGCUGACUGCGCUGACACUGAGCACCGUUAUCUGCUCGACGCCAAUGUUGGUCGUCUACGAUAUGUUUUUGACUGGUUCAAUGUUGGUCAAUGGGUUCGAGUAUCGGAUUGCCUGCUUGUUGAUGCUCUGUCAGCCCAUUCUGGAUCCGGUGUUUUUCGCGCUGAGCAUACAUUCCGUGCGGCAUACAAUUGUUGUCGCAGUGGUCCGAACAUGGAAUUGGCUGCGGUCAUAAGAAUUAUUUUUUUAGGACUUUUUCGGGUGAGCUGGUCUGGUCUGUUUGGUCUGGUCGACCAAAUGGUCUGUUUGUUGAUUUCCUACAUGUUUUGAGUAUUGUUCCUGAUCUCAUGAAUCAUGUACGAUAUAAUGCGGUGAUGUUCUUUUUAUCAAACGAAAAGGGGAAAUACUGUAUGUAGAGCGCACUAGUUACUUAGCGCACUAGAGCACAUUUGAACAGUAAUUACAACGUUAUAAUCAUGAUAAUACACCAUUGCCGUACAGUUGGAUAAUUCUACUGAUGGGCAGGAUGGUAUCUAUGUUCCGGUUUAACACAAAAAUCUGGUCAACAACAAAAAGGCAGUAUUAAAAGGCUAUGACAAAAAUAUUUCCUCUAGCUUCUCGUGAUCCGGUAUUGUGCCCAUCACGCACAAAGCGUUUCCUCUCUGAAUUUGUAUGGAGAUCCGCUGCCGGAAGAAUUUUUCGCGCGAGGUUGUCCGGUAGCGGCUGCGACGAGGUGUCCGAUUCUGUCGACCAGUUUCUUAGCUCCGUCGCCCAAGGGUCCGUAUAUUUCAAAAGCCGCGGCGGCAAAAUUAUACCUUGGCUGAAGCCACGCAUGUUUCGCGAGCUUUUUCGUUUCCGCCAGCUCCGCUGCGGCACCGACGUUGACGGUGGUACGGUCAAUAUACGAACCUGCCAGGGUGUCCACACAGGUCACGUCUAUUGCGAGUGGUUUGCCAUUUUCCCAUGGGAUGAGCGUAACGACAUCCGGCCUUUUAUUAACUUUUAUGCCUAAUCCCUUUGGUUCCAUUCUGGCAGGGAAACCACAUGUCGUUAGCGCGCGAGCGAACUCUCUGCUGAUGCCAUCAUGUCUAGGUAAACGUCCAGCUGAUCGUUUACACCGCAUUCCGUGCCUCCCGAACUCGUCCACCCAUUCACCGCAAUUACACUCAUGAGGGGUGACUAUUGGGGCGCCUAAUCGUAGAGCGACACUGGUUUGAAAAUCAAUAUUUUCCAGCAGAUUGCCUAAGCAAGCAGCUGGUAAGGCGUGGAUCCAAUAACCGGAUUCAGGAGUCGACACCGCCUUCAGGUGUGCAAUUUCCGUGGCAGAGACACGGAGUGUCGAAAGGUGAGAGAGUGAACGCAGGGUUGCGACAGUGUCCCAGGCUUUUUGGAUGCUUUGGAGAGGUUCAGCUGGCAAACUAUCAAACUAGUAUCUACUUACGCUAUCUACUUACUUUACUUACGCUAGUAUCUACUUAUCAAACUAGUAUCUACUUACGCUACACGUGGGGCCGCUGUUUUAUGUUUUAAGCUUACAAUUGCCUAUUAACGUAAUUUUAACAUUGGUUAAAAAGAUUCACUCUCCGGUCGCUCUAUUGUAAACCUCUAAUCGAAGCAUCAGAAGAAGCAUCUAAAGUAAGGACCUGUGCCGUGCCAACAGUUCAAUGUGGUGGGUUUUGGGUUUGCUCUAGUCGGGAAGCCCUAUUCGAUCCACAAAUCAACCGUGUAGGCACACACUGGAAUGGGAUAAUAUGACAUUUGGGAUCAGCAAAAGUCUCUCAGUCUGUGGUGUCGCUCAAAUGUUUUUCGUGGGAUACCUUAAUAAUAACAGUUUCGCAAAUUUGCGCAUUUGGGCAAAAGAGAACACUGUAUUUGACGGACACUCACUCGUACGAGAAAACGUGUUCCAACUACAGUCGUUCUACAGUGCUCCACGCAAAGGUCACAGCUUCCGAGAAAUCUCGGCUAAAAUCGGUAACUGACGACGGUCGCUGGUAAAUUUUCCGAAAAUACCGCGCCUAUAAUAUAGGGGGAAAAAUGUGUCUAGCCGAACCAGUCCCUUGUACUUCUGAUGUAAGCCAGCUGGUGGUUUACGUUGUGGGUGCACAGCGUCUUAUGUAAAGCGCUGCUAUUAAGGCAGUGCGGCACUGACGGUACAUGUGGUAUUAGCUGCACCAGGCAGAUCCGGGCUAUAAUGCAGUCUUAGCCUGUUUACCUGCAGUUGUACG